GCUAAGGAGAUGAUGAGUAAGCCCAGGUAUUGGCAUAUCGCCUAUCCAUUGGCUGUCACGAGCCUUUGUGUUGCGCCUCACCAAUACUUCCUCUGCAACUGGACAGCUUGUUUUGAGUAUGGGCUGUCAAAAAUGAAGGUUCAAAUUCAAUUAGAGAAGCUUCAUCGGAUUCCUGUCUUGAAUGGAAUCGUUCGAUUGAUCUGGACAUACCUGUAUCGAUGCCAGGAGCCGUUGGCGACGAGCACCACCAAGUUGGACUCCCUCCUCAAGCACAUAUUCCCUGCUGGACGGUCAUCAAUUUUCCACCACGAGGAGCAUCUUGAGCCCUUUAUCUGCAUCGUGCAUUUUAUCUUGUCGCGUUAUUUCGACUAUGGGUUGGGAUUCUGCAUGGAUUUACUUCAAGAAGCUGUCGUGAAUUCCU